GCUGCUUUGAUCGCUUUGAUGGCUCCGAGGGUGAGGAGGAAGGGUUUUCAUUGUAAAAAGUGUUUAUUUUGUUUGCGUUUUUGAAUUCUAUUCAAUUCAAAUUCAGUUCCUGGUACUGUUUUAAAAUUUUACAAUGAAUCGCGAAGAUCUUAAAGUUAAAGUGCAAUGCUUCCUGCGGAAGAAGCAGUACAAGGAUCUGCUUGAGGAGGGCGCCCGUUUGGGACUGCGAGCGGAAACCGCCGAUCCGGUGGAUACAUUCCAAGCCGUGCAGCGGAUCAUAGAAAAGUCCAACGAGCUUCAAGGCGAAGGCCGCAUCAAGGACCGAGCGGAAAAUGCUACCGAAGUGUUGUUGGAUGCCCAGGUGCUCCGGAUGAGUCACGACAUUGUCCAUGCUGCAACACGGCGGAUGGGAAACUUAGAAUUUUCCGAUGAGCAAUUCGUGGGUGCAAUUUCGAGUUGUGAUGUAGACGAAGGUAUCGAAAACUGGGAUAAAGUCACGCGUGAAGCCGCAUCAGUUUUCUUCAUGACAAAACACAGCCAAUCAUUGUACGGUACCUUCGACGCCGAUCCUGUCAUCACCCAGAAGGAAGCCAAACAACGUGCGCAAAGGAAGCGAACAGAUUAUGGCGAAGCGAAAAAACCGGACACGGUCGACAAGCUUCAGAAGAAGGAAAAAAGCGCCCAAAAGGUGAACUUGAUUUUCGGUCAGAUUGCAAAAAUCUUUGAGCAGCGACGAAAGCCGAUCCCAUACUACGAAUUGAUCAUAGAUCCGGAGGAUUUUAUGAAUACGGUUGACAAUGCGUUCCAGAUAUCAUUCUUGAUUCGCGACGGUCGAGUGGCUCUGGAGGACGACGAAAACGAUGAACCGGUCCUCAGGCCCACCACCCAGCAAGAGAAUGAGCAAGCGCAGAGGCAGACGGAGACGACGCAAGCUAUCCUCGGUCUGAAUCCUAAAAAAUGGCGGGAGUUGAUCGAACGUUUCCAAGUAGACGAACCGAUGCUGGUUUUGAACCGCGAAGAGCUGGACAUGACUCAGACGCAGAAAUAGGCUAACAAUAUUUAUUUGGUUUUAGUAGAUACCAGUUUUAUUCAGAGAAAGCUACCUAAGGAGCUUUAGGAGCUCAGUUAUUUUUUGCAUUGUUGAUUUGAAGCACUUCAACGAGAUUAGUUGAUUAGGAAUGCUUCAAUAAUUUGUUACCCAUGAAAGGACAAUAUGUUGAAUAAACUUUCCACUGUGUAAGUAUCAGCACCGCUAGAGUAAGAAUUGCCGGGCGUUCGGAUAAGUUUUUAUAUAAAUAAACCACGAUAUAAGAUCAAGAUAAA